AUGUCGGAAGCAACUUCGGAGCAGGCGAAAGCAACUUCGGAGCAGGCGAGACACGACUACGACAAGGCUGCCUCGGGCUAUGCCGGCUACAGCGAGCUCCCCUCGGGCCAACUCGAGGCCGAGCUCGUCCGCAUCGCCCUCGGCGACUGCACGGGUUGCACCGUUCUCGACCUUGGCGGCGGCAUGGGCCGUCACGCGCGCACGGCUCUCCAGCUGGGCGCAACGGCCGUCGACCUCGUCGACAUCUCGGCCGGCAUGAUGCACGCAGGACAACAACAGUACGGUGUCGAAUUCGAUGCCACUGCUAGACUUCGAUUCUGGCAAGCCGACGUCGCCCAGCCGCUCGACCACUUGCCCCUGCGGAAGGAAGGCUACGACAUUGUCAUGGCCAACUGGGUAUUUUCGUUUGCCGGCUCGACCCAGGCGCUGCACGCCAUGCUCGCCAACGUUCGACGCCAUCUCAAGCCUGGCGGCCGGUUUGUCGGCGUGCGUGAUGCCGACCCGUGGAGCCCCGUUCUGCAAACGGGUAAAUAUGGCGGUCUCUGCCGCGACAUCUCCCCGAUCCCUGGCGGCGUUAGGUACGUCUGCGUGCUGCAGUCCACCCCGCCCGUCGAGUUUGUCGGCACCUGUCUCGAGGUCGUCUACUCGGGAUCUACGGCUGUCUAUGAGCAGUUUGGAUUGUCUGAGGUAGCUACUGUGCCAUACACCAGCGCCCCUGUUGUUCAGAGGGAUCCUGCUUUCUGGAGCGAGUUUCUGCAGAGGCCCUGCCUGGCCGUUGUUACGGCUCGCGGGAGCAUUAGGCUCUAG